UUUAUGGACCUCUGUUAUCUGAGAAUUGGGCAAUGACUUUGCAAAAAAGAGAGAGUGAAAUCCAGAGUGAGCAGGACUUCAGGGGCUGAUAUAAAGCUGUGGGCAGGACCAGUGCUUUCCCUCCAAGAACCAGGCACCUCACUGGACCCUGAGGUACUGUCCUUCCAUGAUGUGGCUCUGUGCUUUGGUCCUGAUCUCUCUCACUGCUUGCCUGACUCAGGGACACCCAUCCUCACCACCCUUGGUAAACACCAUACAUGGCAAAGUCCUGGGGAAAUAUGUCCACUUAGAAGGAUUCAAACAGCCUGUGGCCGUCUUCCUGGGAGUCCCCUUUGCCAAGCCCCCUCUUGGAUCCCUGAGGUUUGCUCCACCACAACCUGCCGAGCCCUGGAGCUUUGUGAAGAACGCCACCUCCUACCCUCCUAUGUGCUCCCAAGACCCAGCGGGAGGGCAGCUGCUCUCAGCACUCUUCACCAACAGAAAGGAGAGCAUCCCUCUCCAGUUUUCUGAAGACUGUCUCUACCUAAACAUUUAUACUCCUGCUGACCUGACAAAAAACACAAGGCUGCCGGUGAUGGUGUGGAUCCAUGGAGGUGGAGUGGUGGAUGGGGCAUCCACCUACGAUGGACUGCCCCUCUCGGCUCAUGAAAAUGUGGUUGUAGUGACCAUUCAGUACCGCCUGGGCAUCUGGGGUUUGUUCAGCACAGGCGAUGAACACAGCCGGGGGAACUGGGGUCAUUUGGACCAGAUAGCUGCACUGCACUGGGUCCAGGACAACAUUGCCCACUUUGGAGGAGAUCCAAGCUCUGUGACCAUCUUUGGAGAGUCAGCAGGAGGUUUCAGUGUCUCUGUUCUUGUGUUGUCUCCCCUGGCCAAGAACCUCUUCCACAGGGCCAUUUCCCAGAGCAGUGUGGCCCUUAAUCCUUGCCUGUAUGGGAGAGAUGCCAGACCCCUAGCGAAGAAAGUGGCUGCUAUUGCUGGCUGUAAAACCACCACCUCAGCCGUCAUGGUUCAGUGCCUGCGCCAGAAGACAGAGGAUGAGCUCUUGGAGGUCGCUCAGAAAAUGAAGUUUGGUUCUCUUGAUUUUGUUGGAGACCCCAGAGAGAGCUACUUUUUGCUUCCCACUGUGAUUGAUGGAGUGGUGCUGCCAAAGGCACCAGAAGAGAUCCUGGCUGAGAAGAGUUUCAACACUGUGCCCUACAUGGUGGGCAUCACUAAGAAAGAGUUUGGCUGGACGACACCUAUGAUGAUAGGCUUUCCACUUUCUGAAGACAAAAUGGAUGAGAAGAGGAUCGCUUCGCUUCUUUGGCAGUCUUACCCGAUCCUUAACAUCUCUGAGAGUCUGAUUCCAGCUGUCAUUGAGAAGUAUAUAUCAGGGACAGACAACCCCAUCAGAAAGAAAGACCUUCUCCAGGACUUAAUGGGAGAUGUGUUGUUUGGUGCCCCAUCUGUGAUUGUGUCCCGUGGCCACAGAGAUGCUGGAGCCCCUACCUACAUGUAUGAGUUUCAUCAUGGGCCAAGCUUAGUAUCAGAAAUGAGACCCAAGACAGUGAAAGGAGACCAUGGUGAUGAUCUCUUCUCUGUAUGGGGAGCCCCCUUUUUAAAAGAUGGUGCCUCGGAGGAGGAUAUCAGUCUCAGCAAGAUGGUGAUGAAAUUCUGGACCAACUUUGCUCGGAAUGGGAACCCCAAUGGGGAAGGGCUGCCCCAUUGGCCACAAUAUGACCAGAAGGAAGGGUACCUGCAGAUUGGAGUCCCCACACAGGCAGCUCAUGGGCUGAAAGUCAAGGAAGUGGCCUUUUGGACUGAGCUCAGGGCCAAUGAGGCAGCAGAGAAGUCAACCCAGAGGAAACACGUUGAGCUCUGAUCAGGAGGCCCAACCAGAUCUGCGAACCUGGAGCCAGCUAAAGGGAUAUUCCACAGAAAGGGAUAUUCCACAGAAGUUGUUUCCAAAUAAAAGCAUCCUAUUUUUGAGGACAUAGACACAUGUGGGAUGCUAUAUCAACACAAUGGAAAAAGACAUAGAGUUGUGUAGCAUUCUGUACAAAUAUAAUAAGGAGAAACAUUUGA